AUGACUUUGGAAGGGUUAUCUGAUGCCCAUGCGAUCCUGCUUGCGACUCAUCUUUGCGCAGGCGGCAAUGUGAUCGACCUUCCUUCCCUGAAAGCGCAAUAUCCCCACUGUUUCCCACUGGAACGCCUCCUACGCAUCAUCUUGACAUACCUACCCGAGAGCAUAGAACCAUCACAAUAUGUUCCAGUUCUUCAAGAGCUGACCGACAACUCCGACCGCACAUACUCAGAUCGGGAGAUUGAUACUACUGCCGUCAAGGACCUGUCCGAGGCAGAAGCAAGACAGCGCGUCCUGAAGCUCCGUCUACGACCUUUGAAGCGAGACGAAGAAGAGGAGGAGGUUGAAUCGAGUGGCCCUUUGACUAGAUUUCUCAUUCAUCGUGCGCACUUGAUCGAUACCGAAACUGCGCUCCAACCCCUCGUCCUCAACCUCGUUCUACCGUUCUACGAACAUCAGCCAGUGAUUCGAGCAUGGCUGAUUUCAAGCCUACUACCAGCACUUCGACUCAAUUACGAAUACUACCCGAACCGCGACGAUACUUUGUCACUGGAGACAUUAGAGCUUUUGGAUGAUCAGACUGCGGUUAAUAUUCUGUUGUCCAUUGCUGGUCCGGAAAGAAACGAUAUGGAUUUGGUCAACAACCUGAGGGGACUAGUUGGUCCUUGGCUAUAUGGAAGCAACCGUUCAAAGCGACGGAGAUUAAAUGAAGCCGCCCAACAAAACUCGAUAUCCUUCAUCGAGGGAACACCGAAGCCCAAGGCUACCGAGCUGGUUGGUUGGGAGCAUGUGAACGAAUGGUUAUUGUCACGAAGUUUAGUGGACCCUGAUAGUGUGGUCAAGGCUUUUGUCAACUGGAAUGGACCCGAGGAUGUUGAUUUAGGUGGAUACGAUGAGAAUAGCUCCAAGAUUGCAUCAGACAGUGCAAAGGCACUGCUGAGUCGGUAUGGCCAGUCCGGCCUGUCUGUCCUGUAUGCUCAGGCGGAUUCAUCAAAGAGCUCGCUUGAACGGUCAUUCAAAAUCCUGUCUCGGGUUGCUGAGCUGCUCAGUCUCGAGGAGUGUUCUUAUCUUUCUUCGACUGGUACAGUUCUUCCUUCCGUGGAUUUUGAUGCGGAGUUGAUCUCGUCGACCUCGCGUGCCUCUUUACUGCAGAAUGCCCUCCUGAGGCCAAAAAACCCACUCACAUCCCCCUCUCCCUCUUCAAUAUCGUUUGCUAGCGCAUUGCUCCUGUCUCUACGCAUAUUGACAGACCUUGGACACGUGAUUCCCUGCCGAGUUGCAGCCAACAUGUGCCUUCAUAGUAAUGAGGACAUGCAAAUGGCAGAGCUGCAGGCCGUGGUUGCUUCUACGGUGAAGCAGCCUCGAUCAAAAGAAAAUUGGCAAAUAGCCCGGCAGCAUUUGCUCUGGCUUCGAGAUUGGCAGGCAGAGCACUCUGACAAUGGCUGGGAUGAGCCAUCAACUCAUCAUGGUCUCUUUUGGAAGCUAUCAAGAGAUGCCGUUGAAACGGAGAUUCUCAAGGCCCUGCUUAGUGCCAGAGAAUAUCAAUUGGCCGUCGAUUUAUACACUCAAUCAGAGUCAGCGCCACUCAGCCUCGCCCAGGUGGAGACAGCAGUGGUAGAAGCUAUCUUCACGGCAUAUGAUAACGCAAGCAAUGGUAACCGAACUCGGGGAGGCAUGAAGAGAGCGUAUGAUAUUUUGCAAGCAUUUCAGUCGCAUUUCCCUGGAUCGGAGCCACUGAAACAAAUCAGUGCUCUGAUAGCAGCUACACACGCCCUAUCAUUCUACUCAUUGAUUCUACAACACGGCGUUCCUUUCCAGCCGGUCAGCAUUCGAGUCCAUCAUGAUCCCCUCUCACUAGUUGAGAAAGUACUCGACCAAAACGACAAAAGCUACACAAAGCUCGACGACCUCCUCUACAUUGGCCGUAACCUAGUCGCAGCAGGCCUACCCCAAUCACAAGACCAGCAAGAAAUCUCCCCAGACACACUCGUCACAGCCGAGCGUCGCAUCACCUCCCUCGCCAUCGCCUCCGCUCUAACCUCCAACGACUUCGGCACAGCCUACUCCUACGUCCUAACCCGCCUCACACCCCCCUCAAACCUCAACAGCACACCCCCCCUCUUCACAACAACCCCCUCCACACCGGACGACAUCUCCUGGCGCGCAGUCUACAACGCAGGCCGCUUCCGCUCCACAACACCCAACCCCUCGACCCCUCUCACAUCCCAAAUAAACCACCUCUCCCAACGCAUGGAGCUCCUCUCCCUAGCCCUAGUCCUAACCCCAACGCCCGACCCACUGCCCGAAAUUCUCGGUGCCUGGCGCCGCUGCGACGAAGAGCUAUCUUCUCUCCGCGCGCGAGAGCAAACCGAGGAAGACGUCUGGGACGCCAAGGGCGACACCCUGUCCAGCGUACCGGGUGGCUUUGGGCCUUCUGAUUCAGAGCGCGAUGCUUUUGAUACAGCGACGCAGCGUGCAGCACGACGGGCGCGCGCUCGGGCUGCCAUGCCGAGUUCCCAUCCGCAUGAGGCGCCCAUGGGCUUGUUUGAGGUUGCGAGGGGCGCUGCGAUGGCGUUGCAUAAGAAUGCGUUUCCGCUGCGCGGUGCUGCGGCUUCGGCUUCGGCUUCUGGUGGGCCUGAAUCUGGACCUAGUGCUGGGGGUGAAGGGCAUGAUGGCAUUGAGUAUUCGGAGCAGGGAGAUCGUGUGCGGAAGAGGGAUAUGGUUAGCAAUAUGGUUACUGGGGGAUUGGCGAGUGGGCUUGGAUGGGUUUUGGGCGCUGAGCCCGUGAAUCGGUAG